AUGUUCCUCGGACCCUGGCCUUUUUCUCGCCUUCUGUCCUGGUUUGCCAUAUCCAGCAGACUGUCAGGACACCAUGGCCUUGCAUCCUGCAAGUUCCUGCAGUGUGUGUGCCUCCUGGCCAUACGGUGGGUACAAGCAGUCCCCUACAAGAUAGGGGUCAUAGGUCCCUGGACAUGCGAUCCCUUCUUCUCUAAGGCCCUGCCUAAGGUUGCUGCUCAUUUGGCAAUUGAACGAAUCAGCCGGGAUGUGUCAUUUGACAGGCGUUACUCAUUCGAAUAUGUGAUUCUUAAUGAAGACUGUCAGACUUCAAAGGCCCUCUCCAGUUUCAUUUCCCACCAGCAGAUGGCCUCAGGAUUUAUCGGACCUGCCAACCCCGGCUACUGUGAGGCAGCCUCACUCCUGGGAAACAGCUGGGACAAAGGGAUUUUCUCUUGGGCUUGUGUGAAUCAUGAGUUAGAUAACAAACAUAGCUACCCGACCUUUUCUCGGACACUCCCUUCUCCUAUUCGGGUGCUUAUAACUGUCAUGAAGUAUUUCCAGUGGGCUCAUGCUGGGGUCAUUUCCUCAGAUGAAGACAUUUGGCUGCAUACAGCCAAUCGAGUCUCAAGUGCUCUUCAGAGCCACGGCCUACCUGUAGGGGUCGUCCUGACCACAGGACAAGACAGCCAAAGCAUCCAGAAAGCUCUCCAGCACAUUCGCCAGGCGGACCAAAUUCGCAUAAUUAUCCUGUGUAUGCAUUCGGCGUUGAUUGGGGGAGAGACUCAGACACACUUCUUGGAAUUGGCUCACGAGCUGAAAAUGACUGAUGGGACUUACGUCUUUGUCCCCUAUGAUGUGCUGCUCUACAGUUUACCUUAUAAGCACACCCCCUACCAGGUCCUGAGGAACAAUCAAAAGCUUCGGGAAGCGUAUGAUGCUGUGUUGACUAUUACAGUGGAGUCCCAUGAAAAGACCUUCUAUGAAGCCUAUGCGGAAGCAACAGCCAGCGGAGAAAUUCCUGAGAAGCUUGAUUCACACCAAGUUUCACCGUUGUUUGGAACCAUCUACAAUUCAAUUUACUUUAUCGCACAAGCCAUGAAUAGCGCCAGCCUGGUUCGGCAUUCCAGAAACAUGCAGUUCUAUGGAUUCAACCAGUUGAUAAGGACAGAUUCAAAUGGAAAUGGAAUUUCUGAAUAUGUAAUCCUGGACACCAACGGGAAGGAAUGGGAACUCCGUAGCACCUACACUGUGGACAUGGAAACUGAACUGCUUCGGUUCAGAGGGACCCCCAUUCACUUCCCUGGUGGCAGGCCCACUCGUGCAGAUGCAAAAUGCUGGUUUGCAGAAGGGAAGAUCUGCCAAGGAGGUAUCGACCCCGCCUUAGCCAUGAUGGUCUGCCUUGCUUUGCUUAUAGCCUUGCUGUCUAUUAAUGGAUUCGCUUACUUUAUAAGACGACGUAUAAAUAAAAUACAGUUGAUUAAAGGACCCAACAGAAUUCUACUGACUUUAGAAGAUGUGACAUUUAUUAAUCCCCACUUUGGCAGUAAGAGAGGAAGUCGUGCCAGCGUAAGCUUCCAGAUCAUCUCAGAAGUUCAAAGUGGGAGGUCCCCAAGGCUGUCCUUUUCUUCCGGCAGUCUAACUCCAGCGACCUAUGAGAACUCCAACAUAGCAAUAUAUGAGGCAAGACAUCUAAAAGUUCUUUAAUCCGCAGGCUCCUUGGUUUUUAAAACAAUGCUACCAUUGAAGAGUCAGUCUUUGGAAGUAUUUAAGAUUAUGAAAGACCUGCGGCAUGAGAAUGUCAACCCUUUAUUGGGCUUCUUCUGUGAUUCAGGGAUGUUUGCCAUUGUGACAGAAUUUUGUUCUCGGAGGAGCCUAGAAGACAUACUGACUAAUGAUGAUGUGAAACUCGAUUGGAUGUUCAAAUCAUCACUACUGCUGGACCUCAUCAAGGGCAUGAAAUACUUACACCACCGAGAAUUUAUUCACGGAAGGCUAAAGUCUCGGAACUGUGUGGUAGAUGGGCGUUUUGUACUAAAAGUGACAGAUUAUGGCUUUAAUGACAUCUUAGAAAUGUUGAGCCUCUCUGAAGAGGAACCUUCUGAAGAAGAUAAGAAGCAGGUUUGGACGGCCCCUGAACUGUUAAGAGCCCCUAGGGGCAUCAGGUUAGGUUCAUUUGCAGGAGACGUCUAUAGCUUUGCCAUCAUCAUGCAAGAAGUGAUGGUCCGGGGUCCUCCUUUCUGCAUGAUGGAUCUGCCUGCCAAAGAAAUCAUAGACAGACUUCAAAAGCCUCCCCCUGUAUAUAGACCUGUGGUCUCUCCUGAGUAUGCCCCUCCAGAGUGUCUCCAGCUGAUGAAGCAGUGCUGGGCCGAGGCUGCAGAACAACGACCAACUUUUGAUGAAAUAUUUAACCAGUUUAAAACUUUCAAUAAAGGGAAAAAGACUAAUAUUAUUGAUUCUAUGCUUCGGAUGUUGGAGCAGUAUUCUAGCAACUUGGAAGAUUUGAUCCGGGAACGGACUGAAGAACUGGAAAUUGAAAAACAGAAAACGGAAAAGCUUCUAACACAGAUGCUGCCACCAUCAGUUGCUGAAUCCCUCAAAAAGGGCUGCACAGUUGAACCUGAGGGAUUUGACUUGGUCACCUUGUACUUCAGUGACAUUGUGGGCUUCACCACCAUCUCAGCCAUGAGUGAGCCCAUUGAAGUAGUGGAUCUUCUGAAUGACCUGUAUACACUUUUUGAUGCCAUCAUUGGUAGUCAUGAUGUCUACAAGGUAGAGACCAUUGGGGAUGCCUACAUGGUGGCCUCAGGCCUCCCAAAGAGGAAUGGCAGUAGGCAUGCUGCUGAGAUUGCCAACAUGUCCCUGGAUAUCUUGAGCUCUGUGGGCACCUUUAAGAUGCGACACAUGCCAGAAGUGCCAGUCCGAAUUCGAAUAGGCCUGCACUCAGGGCCUGUUGUUGCUGGAGUGGUGGGCCUCACCAUGCCCAGAUACUGCUUGUUUGGAGACACUGUGAACACAGCUUCUCGAAUGGAAUCAACAGGGCUACCAUACCGAAUUCAUGUCAGCCUCAGCACGGUAACAAUUCUUCAAACUCUGAGUGAAGGCUAUGAAGUAGAGCUUCGUGGAAGAACAGAGCUCAAGGGCAAAGGAACAGAGGAGACCUUCUGGCUCAUUGGAAAAAAAGGUUUCACCAAACCUCUCCCUGUACCUCCUCCAGUGGGCAAAGAUGGGCAAGUGGGCCAUGGCUUGCAACCAGCAGAGAUUGCAGCAUUCCAAAGAAAAAAAGCAGAAAGGCAGUUGGUACGAAACAAGCCGUAA